AUGAUCAACAGAUUUCGUUGCAGAUGUCUAUUGAGAACGACGAUACGAAAAUUUGCCAGAAAAACUCCAAUCGCAAACGACAAACUCUUGGUUCCUGAUGUUCCCGAAUCGAGUCACGUUGAUGAUAUUGGAGAAGUGCCUUCAUUUGACCACAAGUUGAUCACCCAUUUGGAAAGAUUGUCGUUGAUUCGAUUUAGCAGUGAAGAAGCUGUCGCCAAUUUACGAGAAUCUAUUCGAAUUGCAAAUCGGCUGAAACAUAUAGAUGUGGAGGGUGUCCAACCGAUGAUAACUGUUUGGGACAACAUGGAAUGCCCGUUACGAGACGAUGUGUUGAGUUGCGAAUUGGAAAGAGAUGAAGUCUUGGAAAACGCUGCGGAAACCAUGGAGGAUUAUUUUGUGACACCACCCGGAAAUAUUCCAUUGGGAGCCGAAAAGCCUUUGGACUUAAAGCUUAUCAACGAAUGGGAUAAACUUGGCCAACCAAAUCCACCAGAUCCCCGUGGAAAAUUAGAAGUGAAAACAAAUAAAAAG